ACUUUCGAUGGACGUUUUAGAGAAUAAGACCAUUUUUAUGAUCGGUGCCAAAGGGUUUCUUGGAAAGCUUAUGGUGGAGAAAAUUCUAAGAGUUCAUCCCAACGUGAAGAAACUUUAUCUACUUUUACGAAGUGUGGAUCAAAUCACGGCUUCAAAACAUUUCUAUAAUGAGGUUGUAGAGAAAGAAUUGUUCAGAGUGUUAAAGGAAAAAUGGGGUGGAGAUCUAAAAACCCUGAUCUCAGAGAAGAUUUAUUUGGUGCCGGGAGAUAUUUCAUUCCCAAAUAUGGGAUUAAAUGAUUCAAAUUUAUUGGAAGAGAUGAAGAGUCAAGUUGAAAUAAUCAUUAAUUUUGCUGCAACGACCAAUUUUGAUGAAAGAUAUGAUGUAGCAUUUGGUACCAAUACAUUGGGAGCGGAACAUGUUGUAAACUUUGCAAAGGGAUGUUCUAAUUUGGAAAUUCUCGUCCAUGUGUCCACCGCUUAUGUUUCAAAUCAAAGGGAAGGAGUCAUCUUGGAAAUUCCAUGCAAAUUAGUCGAAUCUGUUGAUGGUACUUCGAAGUUAGAUAUUGAAUCAGAACGAAAAAUAAUCGAAGAUAGUUUAAGAGAAUUGAGAAAUAAUAGAGAUAUAAAUGAAACUACGAGGAGCGUAGCCAUGAAAGACUUGGGCACAAAAAGGUCAAAAAUGUAUGGAUAUCCAAACACGUACACAUUUACCAAAGCAAUGGGCGAGAUGUUGGUUAAUGAUAAAACCGACAAUCUUCCUUUGAUCAUCAUGCGACCGGCCAUAGUCACAAGCACUUACAAAGAACCUUUUCCGGGUUGGAUAGAAGGUUUGAGGACCAUAGACAGCUUUAUUGUCGGGUAUGCUAAAGGAAAAGUAACACAUUUUCCUUCUGCCGCUAGCUCAAUCUUAGACCUGAUUCCAGCCGAUAUGGUGGUAAAUGCUAUCAUCAUGGCUAUAUUGGCACAUAAACUCCGACCAUCUAGACAUAAAAUUAUAUACCACGUAAGUUCUUCAAUGAAAAAUUCUAUAAGUAACAUUAAUUUCCAAAAUUAUAUUCUCCGAUACUUUACCGAAAAACCAUGGAUCAACAAAGAUGGAAAGGCCAUCAAAAUUAAGAAACUCACCUUAUUCAACGACAUGACUAGCUUCCAUCGAUACAUGACCAUUCGCUACAUGGUUUUUCUCAAGGGUUUUGAGCUGGUGAACAAAACAUUUUUUUACUCUUUCCAAGACAAGUACAAUGAUCUUCAGAGAAAGUUCAACUGGGUGAUGCGACAAGUUGAGCUUUAUGACUCGUUUCUAUUCUUCAAAGCCAGAUUUGACGACACCAACUUAGAAAAACUGCAAAUGGUUGCGCGGGACAACAACAUAAAUCAAAAUACAUUGCUUUUGGAUCCUAAGGAUAUAAACUGGGAGGAUUACUUCCUGAAUAUCCACGUUCCUGGACUUGUUAAAUAUGUAAUGAAAUAAUUAUAGUUUGAACAAUAACUUGUUUUUCUCGUUUGA